AUGUCUAACUGGGACGACGAAGACUACGAUGUUGAUGCCGCUUCCUCGGCUCUCAAGGCUUCUUGGGACGACGAAAUUGAGGGCGACGCUCUCGACUCUUGGGAGAAUGCCCUUGAUGAAGACGACGAAGACAACAAGCCCAAGGCCCCCACACACAAGCGCGUCCCCCUGAAGCAAAAGCUUAAGGAGAAGGAGGAGAAAGAACGUCUUGAACUUGAAGCCAAGGCCCUCAAUCUCAAGGAAGAAGAUGCCCAGGCAAAGAAAGAGCGACUGAAACAAGUCGAGCAGGACAAUGAUAUGGCCAACUUGGCUGAUCUGAUGGGCGGUGCCGAUAUUCACCCUCGUGCCCGUGCUAAUGCCAAUAAGGAAGCUGUUGCCGCUGCUCCUUUACCCUCCAAACUCUCUGAUUUCCAGGUUUUCCACCCUUCCACUAAGCCCGAGUUUGAAACUCUUCGUAAGACCCUUGUUCCAAUUCUUUCCGAUCUUAACAAGGUCUCCAAUGUGCACUACGCCAACCUCGUCACUGAUAUCACUCGUGAUCUCUCAAAGACUCUUUCUCAAGAUCAAAUCCGCAAAAUCAUCUCUACCCUCAACGCUGUUGCAAGCGAAAAACAACGUGCAGAGCGCGCUAACAGAGGCAAGAAACCAAAGGCACAACUCAAGUCGUCUUCUGCCAAGAUGGAAGAUAAGCUUGACACCACCAAUUAUGAUGAUGGUCUUGAUGAUGAUGACUUUAUGUAA